GCGGCGGUGUCUCCUCCCGCCUGCGCCCCCACGAGCCCGGCGGGGCGGGAGCCGGCUGCGCUGGAAUGUGGGCGGGGCGGUGAGGCCGGGCCCGGCCUCCUCCUUGCGCCCCGCCGAGCUGUGUCGGCCAGCGGCAUUAGCGGCUGCGCGCUGAGAGGAGCCGCUCCCAGGCUGGCCGUCCCCUGCGCCCGGGGUCAGUUAUCCACAUGAAUAUUGUUUGGCUUUUUUUUUUUCUCUACAUCUCCAAGACUAUUGUACUCUCUGCCGUGUAGCUUUAUCCUGUUUUUUUCCUGUUUAACUCAGCUGCAAAACACAAGAUCAUGAAAGCUGUAAACCAACUGGUUCCUUGUUAGAGAUAAUGUUAUUGAUAAGAGAAAUAGAGAUCGUCUCUACCUAGUUCUUGAGGUUUCCAGGGUUGUUUAAAUAUGGAUUUAUCUCCCACAACAUAAGCUUGAAAGGUUUAUUUUGACUCUCAGAGGUUAAUACUGAAGUGCCAUUGAUGAAGAGGAGCUACUUGACAGUUGCCUUUGACGGGUUGAAUUGUGCAGCAUCUUUUACCUAGGAGGUACACGGAGACCCAUUUGUUUUCACCCUUGACAUUGUUUCCACCUGGGUUAUGGCAGAAUUCUGAUACAAAAGCAAAAACACACGGGAGGAACAAUUUGGAAUAUAAACUGAGCAUGGUAGGAUCUUGAACACAAAUUGUUGGAAAAGGAGAGAAGAGGAAGUGAAGGAAUGGCAUCCAGAGAAAGGCUGUAUGAACUUUGGAUGCUUUAUUGUAACAAGAAAGACCCAGAUUAUUUGCAGCUUUGGCUGGACAGUUUUGUUUCUAGCUAUGAACAGUUUCUGGAUGUGGACUUCGAGAAGCUUCCUACUAGGGUGGAUGAUGUACCUCCUGGAAUAUCACUACUUCCUGAUAAUAUUCUGCAGGUCCUGAGGCUUCAGCUGCUACAAUGUGUCCAAAAAAUAUCAGAUGGACUAGAAGAGGGGCAACAAGCCCUCUCACUUUUGCUUGUCAAAUUCUUUAUUAUACUUUGCAGAAAUCUGGCUAACGUGGAAGAGAUUGGGACUUGCUCCUACAUUAACCAUAUCAUCACCAUGACUACACUCUACAUUCAGCAGUUAAAAAGUAAAACAAAAGAGAAAGAAGUGGCAGAUCAGUCGCCUGUAGAAGAGUUUGUAAGACAUGCACUGGCUUUUUGUGAAAGUCUCUAUGAUCCGUAUCGAAACUGGAGGCAGCAAAUUGCAGGGCGACUCUUGAGCAGUGUUGAAAAGAGCAGACAGAAGUAUAAACCGGCCUCCCUCACAGUGGAAUUCAUCCCUUUCUUUUACCAAUGCUUUCAAGAAAGUGAACAUCUCAAGGAAAGCCUCAAGUGUUGCCUGCUACAUCUCUUUGGAGCCAUUGUGGCUGGUGGACAGAGAAAUGCUCUUCAAGCCAUAUCUCCUGCCACCAUGGAAGUCUUGAUGCGUGUUUUGGCAGACUGUGACACCUGGGAUGAUAGGGAUCCUGAGGAAGUGAGCAGGAAGGCAGAGCUGACUCUUAAGUGCCUGACAGAAGUAGUGCAUAUCCUUCUCACCAGUAGUUCAGACCAGCGGCAAGUGGAGACCAGUACCAUACUGGAGAACUACUUCAAGUUGCUUAAUUCAGACCAUUCAGCAUUGCCUAACUCCAGGAGAUCCAGGCAGUGGGAGAAUAGGUUCAUUGCACUACAGAUCCAAAUGCUGAACACCAUCACAGCCAUGUUAGACUGCACUGAUAGGCCUGUUCUGCAGGCCAUUUUCCUUAACAGUAACUGCUUUGAGCAUCUCAUCCGAUUGCUGCAGAACUGCAAGCUGUUUUUAAAUGCUAACAAUAAGGUGGCAGACAAGAGUGAAAAAGACCUUGCCAACAAAUUACUGACCGAAAUGAAUGGGGACCAGGUGUUUCAGGGACAACUAGACUGCUUGGCAGUAUCCACCAUUCAAGCCCUUACAGCAGUGUUGCACAAAUCUCCAGCUGCAAAGGAGGUCUUUAAAGAGCGGAUUGGUUAUGCACAUAUCUAUGAAGUACUAAAAUCUCUGGGUCAGCCCUCGCGAGAGUUGCUAGAAGAACUUAUGAAUAUGGCUGCUGAAGGUGAUCACAUGUCCGUUGGAAUUUUGGGCAUUAGUAAUGUCCAGCCCUUAUUGCUGCUUAUCCAGUGGCUUCCAGAGCUAGAGUCACAUGACCUGCAGAUCUUCAUCUCAAAUUGGUUGAAGCGAAUCUGCUGUAUUAACAGGCAGAGUCGUGCCACGUGUGUCAAUGCAAACAUGGUCAUCUGCAUCAUUGAGACAUUAAACUUCCAUUCUUCACUCCAUCGCACUUGUGCAGAGAACCUGAUUGCCCUCCAGGGUUCUUUGGGAAGUCAAUCGAUGAGCUCUGAAGAAUUGCAUCGACUAAUGCGACUCUUGAGGACUAAUGAACCAAAGCAGUCUCACCCUUACGUCAUCCCUGUGAUGCGUGCAAUUCUGGCAAUGGCUCGGAAGCAAGGCCUGGACAGUGCCAUGCAAUAUUUCAACUUGUCCCCCAGCAUGGCAGGAAUUGCUGUGCCACCUAUUCACAAAUGGCCAGGGUCUGCAUUUUCCUUCAAUGCUUGGCUAUGCCUAGACCAGGACCAAGUUACACCUGACAUCACCAGCAAGGGAGGAGGCAAGAGGAAGCAACUAUACAGCUUUUUUACAGGAAGUGGGAUGGGUUUCGAGGCCUUCAUUACCUGCUCUGGAGCACUGGUGGUUGCAGUUUGCACAAAGAGAGAAUAUGCAACAGUGAUGCUGCCAGACCAUUGUUUUUGUGAUUCCCUCUGGCACAACAUAACUAUUGUUCAUAUGCCUGGAAAGAGGCCCUUUGGUCAAAGCUUUGUCUACAUCUACGUCAAUGGACAACAGAAGAUCUCUGCCCCACUUAGAUUUCCUGCCAUGAAUGAACCUUUUACUUCUUGCUGCAUUGGUUCCGCUGGUCAGAGGACAACCACUCCUCCGCCAUCUCAGAUACCAGACCCACCCUUCUCCUCCCCGAUUACGCCUCAUCGAACAUCUCUAGGUGGGAUUCUCUCUCCAGCCAGUUGGGGCGGACUGCUUGGGAAAUCAGAGUUGGUCACCAAGUUGAUCUCCGCGGGUACCCAGGACAGUGAAUGGGGAUGUCCAACAUCACUGGAGGGCCAGCUUGGGUCAGUUAUCAUCUUCCACGAAGCCCUGCAGCCCUCUCAGGUGAAAGCUUUAUAUUUGGCAGGCCCAAACUGUUUAACUCCGUGGAAAUCCCAAGAGUCUGAAGUGGCAGAUCUGCCCAGUAAAGUGCUGCUUCACUAUACACCCAAGGCCUGCAGAAACCCAAUCUGCCUUGACCUGUCUACAAAUCUUUUACAUGGAAGACUAACUGGAAACAAAGUAGUGAACUGGGACAUCAAGGAUAUGAUAAAUUGUAUUGGUGGAUUGAAUGUGCUGUUUCCACUACUGGAGCAGAUCAGUUUUCUCAAUGGACAGGUGCCUGAGAGGUCUGAAGGGGAAACUAUACCUCAGGAACUAGUGACUCCAAUAGAGGGAGACUGGGUGGUGUUAUCAUCCACAAAGGCUUCAGAGGCUCGUCUAGAGAAGAAUAUUGUUGCAACUUUCAUCUUGAUGAUAAAGCACUUUAUUCAAAGACACCCUAUUAACCAAGAUAAUCUCAUUCACUCCCAUGGAGUUGCUACCCUAGGAGCCUUGCUACAGAAGGUGCCAGGGAGCUUGAUGGAUGUGAAUGUACUGAUGGCUCUGCAGUUAUUGAUAGAACAGGUCUCUGUGGAAAAAAAUGUGCAACUUUUGCAACAGAUGUAUCAACAUUUACUUUUUGACUUUAGUAUCUGGAACCGUGGAGACUUCCCCUUCCGGAUUGGACAUAUACAGUACCUUUCCACAAUCAUCAAAGACAGCAGGAGGCUUUUCAGAAAGAAGUAUGGAGUUCAGUUUCUACUAGACACACUCAGGAUUUAUUAUGGUAGUGGCUAUAAAGACAGUGACUUAACUCCAGAUGACCUCAGAACAAUACAAACAUUCCUAUAUGGACUGAUCAAAUAUUUCCUAAGCAAAGGUGGGACACAUGAAGAAAUACAGAGCAUCAUGGGAUAUAUAGCUGUGACCAGUGAAGAGGAACAGCUCUGUGGGAUUCUUGAUGUACUCUUCAGCCUACUUCAUACCAGCCCAACCCGGGACCAGCUUUUCUUGUUGCUUUUUGAACCAGGAAAUGCUGAUAUCCUCUAUGCUCUGUUACUGAAUCAGAGAUAUUCUGACAGGCUAAGGGAACUUGUAUUCAAGAUUGUAGAGCAGAUGCUGAAAUGUACUAAAGUCUAUGAACGGAGUAAACAACGUAUGAGACUCAGAGAAGUGGGAUAUUCUGGGCUAGGGCUCCUUCUGAAUGAAUCCCCAGUUACCACUUCUCUUAUUAAAAAUCUUCUUAACCAAAUUCUGUAUGCAGAUCCUGUUGUGAAUUACAGAGACCUCAUAGCUGUGGUGCACUUGUCUCAUAGAGCAGAUAUAAAUGUUAGAGUGGCCAUCUGCAAAAAGGUUUUACAGCUUUUACAUUCCCAGCCGGAUGCAGCACAGCAGAUUGCUCAACAGCUAGCCUGGCAGGAGACAUUGGUUAGACUAUUCCUAAAAGAAAACUCCGACAUCAGGAAUGGACUUAAAGAGAGCAGGACUGACUCUACAAAGGAAGAUGAAAAAAAAAUUCCUGCUGAAGAGCUUCAGAAAUGCUAUCCUGAUCAGGCAGAGGAGGGGAAAGCUAGUAGCUUUGCCUCAGUUAAUGGUUCAUAUGAUCAGUGGAGUGUGGAAGACAGCAAAUCUUUAGAUGUCACCAACUGUUUUUCUGGUACAUUGCUGGAAGGUACUUCUGUUGAAGAGAUGACUUCCAGGUCAGAGGAUCAAGAAGAGUUAUGGCACAGUAAUCCUUCACAUUUGCAUUUAGAUCUGUCUAGCAUGGACUCUUAUGAGCUGGCUGAUAGUGGGAAUCAAAUGACAGAUAGCAUGCCCAGCACACCGUCACCCAUUGAAAAUUCGAAGCCAUUCUCUGGUCAGCCUGACAAAGAAUCAAGUAUCAUCGAUGAUAUGGGAUUCAGCGUUGAUCUUUCGUUAUUUGAAAACCAAGGAGGAUCUGAAGAGGAGCUCAUACAGUUGCUCACAGAUGUCCUGCUCUGUGUGAUGUGGAAAGGUUUAGAAAGGUUUGAUGAUGCUGUCUGGAUUGAGAGGGGGCAGGUGUUUUCUGCACUGACCAAACUGGGGAUAUCUAAUGAGUUACUGCAACCUUCUGAUGAAAUAAAACUCAACUUGCUAGAGAAGAUGCUGGAAUGGACCGUCACUGAUAACAGAGACGCAAAAGCUCUUCCAACACAUGCUGAAAAUGCCUUCCGGCUCUUGCUUAUCGUACAGGACUUUCUACAGGCAGAAGGGCUGGUUAAUUCAAACUUAUGGACAGAAAAGCUUUUAGAAGAGCUGGUGACACUCAUUGACAGCCUGUCACUCUGGUACUCUGCUGGCCCAGAAUGGAUCAAGCUCUCCCAAGUGCAGGUCCAGUUGCUCCUUGGAUUCAUUGGACAAGAUAACUUACAGGUUUGUGCUAUGGCAGCAGCCAAGCUAAACACCCUUCUUCAGACCAAAGUAAUUGAAAGCCAAGCUGAGGCAUGCUACCUCUUGGGGAAGUUGGAAGGCAUCCUGAGUAGAUCAAUCAAAGAGAAGACAGAAACAUACGCAUUCUUGAUUCCCCUUGUUCGAACGCUGGUAUCCAAAGUUUACCAACUUCUCUUCAUGAACCUGCACCUACCCUCAUUGCCUCUCACCAAUGGCAGCCCCUCUUUCUUUGAGGACUUCCGGGAGUAUUGCAGCUCAGAUGAAUGGCAAGUUUAUAUUGAUAAAUAUAUUAUUCCAUAUAUGAAACAGUAUGAAGUCAAUACAUUCAGUGAUGGUCAUGAGCGUAUGGCACUUUAUUGGAAGGACUGUUAUGAGGCAUUAAUGGUGAAUAUGCAUAAGCGAGACAGAGAACGAGGAGAAAGCAAGCUCAAAUUUCAGGAGUGUUUUGUGGAGCCAUUUAACCGAAAGGCACGCCAGGAGAACCUGCGUUACAACAGCAUGCUAAAACAGCUUAAUAGUCUACACACCGCUACUCUGAGGCAGUGGAGAGCAGCCCAACUUUAUCUGACUUGUGAACAGGGCCCCUGGGCUGAAAGGAAACAGAAUCCCAUUCACUGGAAACUUUCAAAUGUGGAAAACUACUCACGUAUGAGGUUAAAACUAGUGCAAAAUUACAAUUUCAACUCCCAUCAGGAGGCCAGUGACCUGAGAGACAAUUUAGGGAUGCAGCAGACACAGCCAUCUAGUGAGUCACUGCUCCUGGAGGUGGUGAAGCAAGUGAAAGUUAGUGACAUGGAGGAUGAUAUACUUGAACUGCCAGAAGAGGACACAACUGCUGGUGCAAGCAUGGAUGAAAAGGAGGAGCAGGGUCAGAAAGAAAAAUUGGUACUGUCUGAAGAAUGUGAACUCAUUACGCUAAUUGAUGUAAUACCUGGCAGACUGGAGGUCACUACCCAACACAUCUGCUUCUAUGAUGGCAGCAUUGAAAAAGAGGAAGGAGUAGGUUUUGAUUUCAAAUGGUCCCUUUAUCAAAUUCGAGAGAUACACUUGCGCCGAUACAACUUGAGGCGGUCAGCCUUAGAGAUCUUCCUCACUGAUCAGACCAACUACUUCCUUAACUUCAAUAAGGAGGUGAGAAAUAAAGUGUACAGUCGAAUCUUGUCACUCCGUUCUCCAAAUAUUUAUGGGACCAGAUCUCCACAGGAACUGUUUAAAGCUUCAGGCUUGAUGCAGAAAUGGGUGAACAGAGAGAUAUCAAACUUUGACUAUCUCAUUCAAUUGAACACCAUGGCGGGACGAACUUACAAUGACCUUGCCCAAUAUCCUGUGUUUCCUUGGGUCCUGCAAGAUUACACGUCAGAAGAGUUGGACUUGAAUAAUCCUGCUGUCUUUAGGGAUCUAUCCAAACCCAUUGGGGUGGUGAAUGAAAAGAAUGCCAAAGCUGUGCAAGAAAAAUAUGAGAAUUUUGAGGAUCCUCUUGGGACGAUUGACAAGUUUCACUAUGGUACUCACUACUCAAAUGCUGCUGGUGUCAUGCAUUAUCUCAUUCGAGUAGAGCCUUUCACCACACUACAUAUCCAGCUUCAGAGUGGCAGGUUUGACUGUGCAGAUCGGCAGUUCCAUUCCAUUCCUGCAACAUGGCAAGCCCUUAUGGAUAACCCAAAUGAUGUGAAGGAGCUUAUCCCAGAGUUCUUCUACUUCCCAGAGUUCUUGGAGAAUCAAAAUAAGUUUAACUUGGGUCAGCUACAGCUCUCCAAAGAGGUAGUGAAUGAUGUUGUUCUCCCAAAAUGGGCCAAGUCACCUGAAGAUUUCAUUUGUAAACACAGGAAAGCACUGGAGUCUGAGUUUGUCUCUGCUCAUCUCCAUGAAUGGAUAGAUCUGAUUUUUGGCUACAAACAGAGGGGACCAGCUGCAGCGGAGGCACUCAAUGUGUUCUAUUACUGUACUUACGAAGGAGCUGUGGAUUUAGAUGCCUUAACAGAUGAGAAGGAAAGGAAAGCUUUAGAAGGGAUGAUUAACAAUUUUGGACAAACACCCUGUCAGCUGCUGAAGGAGCCUCAUCCUGUGAGAUUAUCCGCAGAGGAAGUAGUACAGAGACAGACCAAAAGUGACAGCUCAACCCUGAAUCUGUUCCAGCAUCUCCCUGAACUUAAGUCAUUCUUCGUAGAGGGUAUCAGUGAUGGUGUUCCCAUCGUCAAGGCUGUUGUUCCCAGGAACCAGUCACGUUCCUUUAUGUCUCAAGGGAGCCCAGAGAUCCUGGUGAUAGCAAGUCUGAACUGCAUUAUUGGAACCCACGGGUGGCUACCAUACGAUAGAAAUAUCUCCAACUAUUUUACGUUCAUCAGAGAUCCAACUGUGACAAAUCCCAAAACCCAACGUAGCAUAAGUGGUCCUUUCGCUCCAGGGCUAGAGAUCACCUCUAAACUGUUUGUAGUGUCCCAUGAUGCAAAGUUGCUGUUCAGUGGAGGGCAUUGGGACAAUAGCAUCAGAGUGACAUCGCUCACAAAAGGCAAAUUAAUUGGACAGCAUGUCAGACACAUGGAUAUUGUGACCUGUUUGGCUAUAGAUUUCUGUGGAAUCCAUUUAAUUUCAGGUUCCAGAGACACAACAUGUAUGAUAUGGCAAAUAGUUCAGCAAGGAGGAGUUCCUGUAGGCCUGGCACCUAAACCCUUGCAGAUUCUGUAUGGACAUACUGAUGAGGUAUCCAGCGUUAGCAUCAGCACUGAACUGGACAUGGUGGUGUCUGGAGCCAGGGAUAGCACUGUGAUUAUCCAUACUAUUCGGAAAGGUCAGUACAUGAGGACUUUGCGACCACCUUGUGAGAGUUCCCUUCUGCUGACUGUUCCCAACCUGGCUGUAUCCUGGGAAGGACACAUAGUUGUCCACACCAGUAUAGAAGGAAAGACUACUCUCAAGGAUAAGAAUGCAUUACAUCUCUAUUCUGUGAACGGGAAAUAUUUGGGCUCUGAGAGUCUAAAGGAGGAAGUGUCAGACAUGUGUGUGACUGGCGAAUAUAUCGUGAUGGGGAGCCUACAGGGAUUCCUUUCCAUACGAGAUCUCUACAGCCUGAAUCUCAGCAUCUCCCCCUUAGCCAUGCGACUGCCGAUUCACUGCAUUUCUGUUACCAAAGAAUACAGCCACAUCCUUGUAGGCUUGGAGGAUGGCAAGUUGAUUGUCGUUGGUGUUGGCAAGCCAGCUGAGAUGCGCUCAGGUCAGCUUUCCCGAAAGCUGUGGGGAUCAAGCAAACGGCUCAGCCAGAUUUCUUCAGGAGAGACUGAAUAUAACACUCAAGAUUCCAAGUGAUUGCUGCUUCUGAAUUCUCUCAUGGAUUCCAGAAAUUUGUUUAGUCUUUUGGUCACUCUAAACAUAUCUCUCAACUUUCUGAUGAGUGUUUCAGGGACUUAUCCUUGACAGUCAGUUGAAGACCAACAUAUGGUAGAGGUACAGUAAUUUUCAUAUGCACACAUGCAAAUUAGCCCACAAUUGGUUUUAUUACUUUUUUCCUAAUCACAUUGAUUUGAUAGCAGUGGAACUCUUUCUAGAUUAUGUGCUGGAACGUCGUUUCAGAAAAAGACCUGUAAGUGCAUUAAACCACAGAUGAUAUCAUAUACAGGUGAAUAAUGCAGGAUGUUCCUCUCUUGCUUGGAAGAUAUUAACUCAAAUUCAAGGAAAAUAUCCCAUUCUCAUUUACAUCUUUGUAAUUCCAGGAUAAUAUACUGAAAAUUCCUUCAAUUGCAGAUGUACUGAUGAAAUUGGGACAGUUGAGAGUUAUGACUUCAGAUAUAUUCUUCCGACCAAUCAGCUUGCUGUGUACUACUGUAAAUGAUUAUAAAUAAUCCUCUAUUGCGUGGCUCCUGAGAAAAUCCCUUUUAGACUGUUCUGCAGGGAGCACCUCAAUGGCACUACUUGAUUGUCAGAAAUUGUUUAACUGAAGAACAACAAUGAAUUAUAACCUCCUAGGAAUUGGAAUACGGUGAAUAUUUGCUGCAGAACAUUCUUUGUUGUUUGGCAUAGCAACACUCACAUUUAGAAAUCCCUUACAAGUUUUAAGGCCUCGUAUUAAUACAGAGGGAAUGAGAAUUACAUUUCCAUGUCUGUCAAGAUUGAGUUGUUCUGUUUCAUUAAUAAGUAUAAUUACUGCAAACCAAAAUGUCUAAUAUCUAAUUAAGAUGACCUGAAAAACUUUGCAUCAUAAUUUACAUUUAGCAUAUCUUGUUUCUUGGCUCUGUAUUUGUCAAACAAGUAACCUGAUUUAGCCAUAUUCAUAUUGCCAGAAAAGUAAGUAGAAAAAUCCAGGUACAUAUGUGGGAGAGGAAGACAUCACAGCCCUGCGUAUACUGUAAACAACAAAAAUAGUACUCAAAAGCUCAAGUACUCCUGGGAAAACCUUGCCUUCAGGGCAAAGGGUUAUUUUUUUUAGGUGGGAAUAUGACUCUAUGUAAAUAGAGGAAAAUAUUGUUCCUUUACAUCUUUUGUGGAAGUGGUAGUAAUUGAAAACAAGAUGUCUCUGUAGCCAAUGCAGAUACAGAAUUGAUUUAGUUAAUAUUUCUCAGACACCUCUCCCCUCUUCUUCCUUAUUUUAUUACUUAUGGAAGUGAGUAUGUGUUGGAUCUUUUCUAAAUAGUGCCAGAUUUCCCCUAGGAUUGGGGAGGAGUUGAACUACCGGAGGCACCCCAUACGGUGCAAUCUAAUUCCAUGCACUUUUAGCGCAAUAUUUCUUGAUUAUCUAAAGAAGUAGUUAUCACUCUUUUCAAGGCACAUUUUUUCUUAAACCAACUUCCCCUUCUUAAUUUCAUAAAGAAAAUAAUGACCUGAUAUAGUGCUUUUAUACACUGAAUAUUUUAAUGACCUUAUUACUAACUAAUCUGAAACGUAUUGUGUUGCUUGUUUUAACCAUUACUUUCAAAUUAUAUCUGAGCAGUGAACAAAUUAGAUGAGAUUAUGUAUAACUAGAACACUAAUCACUGUGACAGAUCAAAUCAUCUGGAAAUUAGGGGGAAAUGGAAAGAUUUCUCUGUGGCACUUGUCAGUAUGAUAUUUAACCCCAUUUCUCUCGGUCACUCAUUCCCUCUCCCUCCUCCCCCCCCAACCCCCCCGCCUCCCCACUUUGCAAUGAGUUAUGGACAUGGGAAGAAAGUCUACAUGAAAAAAGAAAUUAACUGGUUACUGAUACAAUAACAAUACCAAGGAUACUCUGGAAGUAUUAAGUGUAUGUGAAUGUGAAGUAAGUUUGUCUAUUGUAAUUUCACAAGUAAGAGAUUCUGAAGAGUUAUUGAGACAGAAGUUUAGAAGAAUCACAGUUUUGAAUGUGUGAUUUUAUGAGAGUUAAGAGGGGUUAUAAUGAAUUUGCUUGGGGGUAGUGUGGGUGAUGGUUUUAUAACUGUACAUUUAAGAUCUUAAAUGUGUAUAUUUGGAAUUUUUUAAAAUUGCAAGACUGUUUGACUAGCAGAAUCAAAGUGGAGAAAUUUAGAAAGUUAAUGUUCUGUGUAAUGCUUGGCCAGAACAUAAGUCUUUCUGUUGUCAUUUGUGCAGAGAGGUUCACAUGUAAGUUUUUGAAAGAAUCUUUAUUUGUAUUAGGUAUUUUAUGCAAAAGUUUUAAUUUUUGAACUGGUGAAAAUUUUAGCAUUUGUAUCCAUGUAAGAAAAUCAGGGAAACUGGUCAACCUCCUCCACAAAAUGUAAUGUGGGUUUAGAAAUUGGAGAGAUGCUGGCAUUUGUAUUAAUGAUAAUCUGAAUAUAUAACACUUUAAUCCAAGGAUUUCGGUGCUUUACCAGCAUUAGUUAAGCCUCACGAAUGUUAGCUACUGGUAUAAAUUAGAGCUGCCCUCAUAAUGCUCUGUCUUGGCGCUAAGGGACCAACCCUUCACAAAGCAGCAGCAAGAUCAUGGGAGUACAAAGGUGAGUGUUAAAUCACAUUCACACACUACUUGCACUUUGUGCAGAUUGGCCAUAGCUUAGCAUCUGGUCCCUUGAGAAUGAAAGGUGCUACUUACAUUUCAAUUUGUCGUCUUUUCGUGCACCAGUAGCAGUCAGUUUUCUUAACUACUCAAUAAUGUCUGUCUGCAAGCUAUACUUUGCUUAAUCUCUAAAAGGAAGCUGUAAAUAAAAGAUGUAGUUUGUAUGUGAGAGCUAUAAGUAAGGAAGAAUUUAGCUGGUGUUCCACUUGUUUUUAACUUAUUUUCUUUCAAUUUUUCUUGAAUUAAUUAUACAGUUAUUUUUGUGGUUGUCUGAGUUGUGGCUGGUUUGCAGUCCACACGGAGCCGUGGACACGGAAUUAGUGCACUGCACUUCUUCUAAGAUUUAAAUUUUUACUUUUGAUGACUCUUCAAGCUAAUAGUGCUCUUGGAUACCAUCCCCUCUGCUCUCCUCAUAGAGGAAAAAUAGUUAUCAAAAUACAAGUUCUCUUUAGUCUUUUUACACUACAAUUUAUUUAUUUAACUUUGUUUUAGAAAGUAAAGCUGUGACAUGACGCAGUUCUGACUAUGAAUUCAGAUCAGGCUAGUCUGAAUACAUAGUUGCUUUAUAAUGCUAAGAAUUUUUCAAGGCCCUUUUGUAGGUGUUCUGUCUUUUGUUUAACCAUUGGAGGCCACAGUGAUAUCUAUAGAAACUAAAAAAUAUUGCUUACCUGUGAGGUGGACUUAAAAGAAAAGUUAAGUCAGCACUGUAAACAUGUAUUUUUAAAAAAAAGCUGAAUAUUGACUCAUCUCCUCCUAGUAAUUUAUAAACUGGAUUCAACAGUUAGCAGUAUUCAGUAACUUCCACUUACAGUUUGGGGAAGUGCUUAGAAUAAUUUUGGCACCUUAGAGACUAACCAAUUUAUUUGAGCAUAAGCUUUCGUGUAGCUGUAGCUCACGAAAGCUUAUGCUCAAAUAAAUUGGUUAGUCUUUAAGGUGCCACAAGUACUCCUUUUCUUUUUGCGAAUACAGACUAAUACGGCUGCUACUCUGAAACCUAGAAUAAUUUUGUUUCCAAUAAAAUUUUUGUUAGAUUAUCAAUGUUACUGAUUAAUGUUGCAAGCCUCAGUGGUGGUAAUUAUUUUUGGUUGUCUUAUUUUUAUGUACUGUGAAGAAUUAUCUAAUAUCAUAGUAAAUGUUCAUUUGGGAAAUGCCAGCAUUCAAAGAGUUAUAUGCUCCUUGUCCAAGUUAAGGGCAAAAAAAGUACGUGGGUAAUAUUGCAUCAGUAUAUUCUUUAUUUUCUGUGUAUCAUACUCAUCUUGUGCAAUCUUUGAAACUUUAUCUUUUCCAUCAUCCACCUAUCUUCCCACCACCAGCACACACACAAAAAAACCCUAUUUAAACAAUCUUUUUCCUCUUAUUUAAAAUGUUUGUGGAGGGGGGGCCUUAAUUGAGAAAGCACCCAGUAAGAUCUUUGAUUAAUCUAGAUAUUCAUCUGUGCAAAGCUUUUCUUCAAUACCUGCUUUAACUACAAAUAUUAUAAUUUUUUUAAUUUAAAUGGCAUAUGGGCUUUUAAGUAGCCUACUGAAUUGACUAUUUUGAUAAGGAGCCUCUUUAAUGUCUUAAAAAUCAGAGUUCUCCUGCAUUGCAAAGGAUUAAAACAAUAAAAUUCCAUCCCCUUUUAAAAAAAAAAAAAUUCCCACAAUCUAGGAAGGGAUAGCCAGUGAGUGAUUUCCCAUUACUCUGGGUUAAGAUAGUUGUGUCUUAAUAGAAUUUAAUGGGUGUUGGCCAUCUAACUCCCUUAGGCUCUGAUGAAAAUCCUACCCAUUAGCUAUAUAUGGAAUCUCAAGUAAGAACAUUUAAAGAUAUCAUCCACUAGAAAAAGAUUUCAUCUUGUAGGUUACUUAGUUGAAGAAGUAUGUUUGUUUAUGGACUACAGUAUUGUAGAGAGUUUGAGACUAGGUUAAAUAUUUUUCUUCUGAAGGGGUAUAUUAAAAAUCUGAUCUUUUAUUUGGAGGAAAUGCUAAGACUCUAUAUUAAAUAUACUGUUAGGCCUGAUCCUGUGGAACAGCUGAAGGCCCUAAUUCUGGAAAGCACUCAAGUGUUGUCCCGGAGGGGAAUGCUUUCCUGAACCAGCUCAUUGAGCUUACUACUGUGACAACAAUGGAACGACUUGCAGUUGUGAGCACUACAUCUGUUCAUAGGAUUGGGCAUAUAGAUUCUGUAAACAUCCAAUUAAAGUUUACAAAUCAGUAAUCUUGAACAAAUCUAUAAUCUCAGAUUUGAUUAACAGAAUGUACUAACUAUACGCUGAAAUGUUAAUAGUUCUACACUAGCUCAGUAUUAAGAGGGUUAAGAAGUUUGUAGAAGAGGUGAUUCUUAGAUCAUUUACACUUCACCAUACUGCUAUGCAGUAAUGGUGCAAACUGGGCUAUUUUUAAUCCAUUUUAUUGAGUCUGUCAUUCUUUGUAGAAGUGUAGUCAUGGGUGGCUAUGUAACAAAUAAUUAAGAUCCACUAGUCUGAGACGUAAAUACAAGAAAGCUACUUAAUCAAGUGCUCCCAUGACAGGUUGUAAUGAUUUAUAGAUGUAGUUUUAAAAUAAUUUCUUCUGCUGAAUCUCAAGAGUUGCAUUCAGUAUUACAAAGUGAACUUCCUCCCUUGUUUUGGUGGUAGAGUUUUCCAAUACCCAUCUGUAUGUAGCCUCUUUGGAUGCCCACACCUGAACCAAAUGGAGGCAAUACAGGUGGGGAGUUCAGUGGGUGAGUCCAUGCCUUCUUAGGAACCCAGUCUCACUCUGUAGUCCUUGCCUCUUCUAAUAACCCUUGUUAGCCCACUCUUCCAAAGGCCUGCAGGUCCCCGCCAGGCUACUGCAAUUCAAACUAGGUAGCAGGAGCUGUACAGCUAGUACAAUAGGGUUGACCCCUUCCGUUGGAGCCUAAGCACCUUUCCUUCAAAGCACCUUAGCAUCACUGACCUCGGGACUGAGUCAAAGAAAGCAAGAUAACCUAAAAGGUCUAUUUUGUCCAUCCCAAGGUGACAGUCCAGAAUUGUUCCUUGCACUAAAUGUAGGGUGCUUGGUGUAGCUUACUUUUAAAUGUGUCAGGUGCUAGGGUUUUCAUUUCUACUCUUGGAAAUAGGUCUACAGUCUAAUAAACCUGAUGCUUGAGGAAUUAUUGCUGAUAUUUAAUCUAGACUUUCCUUUGUUCAAUUUCAUCUCCCACAGAGCUCUAUCCCCUUGGAAUACUGGAGGUGUUUUCUUUGAUACCUAAGCCUUUCACAUACUAUAUUUAUUUGCCAAACUGUGCAUGUAUAGUUAUUUCAGUCUUUCCUCAGAACCCAGGUCCUCUAGCUCUAUUCAUGCGUUGCUUCUGUCUGGACUCUUAGACAUUUCUGGUGCUCAAAUUUGAAUGCUCUGUGGGGUAUUGCGACUAGUGUAUAGAAAUCCUACUGGCUCUUUCUGAUAUUGCAAACUCAUGUCUAAUCUACUGUCCACUAUUUCUAGCCAUCCUUCUAAAAUGCUGGGCAGGAAGGGUCUCCUGUUCCAAUUGUAUUUCCAAACUAUGGGUGAGGAUAGAUAUAGGGUUUCCAGUUUUAAAAUAUGACCUCACCCAAGCAAGAGUGUGAGAUUAAAUAUCCAAUAAAAUUUACAAUUGGGGAGGGAGUAGCAGAGGUCAAUGUUUUUAAUAUAACAAGGAAAAUUUUCAAAUACCAAUAAUGAAUUUUUAUUCCUAAACUGAAACCAUAAUUUGCCUAGAAACAAACCCUUAAAACCAGAAAUCCCAUGUGCAUCUAAGUAGGAGUAUUUUCUUUAGUCAUUAACAAAUGAGAGCUGUGUUCAGUAGUAUCCUAACUUAAAUGAAGUAAUUGCAGGGACUCAAGUAAUGAAAGCUUGCCUCGUGUUCUGCUCCUGUAAUGAGCUCUGCAGGAGCAGUCCAGGCAUUGCUCAGUGAAGGGUUGGGGCCAGAGUGUCUGAAAAGAGUCACCCUCUCUGAGCAAUUUCUUGGAGAUAGUGCUGCUACUUAAAACAAAGUUUUCUUAAGGAGUUUUUAGAGUGGAAAAUGAGACUCACUAAGGUGUGCCUCAGCAUUUGCUUAAAUCACUAUAACUUUUGGUGGAAACAGAACACUAAGCCUUAUUGAUAGUGUGACAAUUAACCAUCUCUUAAUUCUAGUAAUUAUGAUUGUGCAAUUAUAUGAUUACAAAUGGAUUUAAUGCCAAAAAUGCCUUUAAAUAAACUCAAAUUUUAGUUAGUUGGAACUAGAUAUAUUCAACACUAAUAGCCUUCUGGCAGUAUAAUGAAUUUGCUGUUAGUCUUCUGUGCAAUACCUUCAUCCCUUCUGGGUGCUUUUAAGGUUUCGUAUAUACUGUUUGUCUUAUUUUAAUAUGUGUUACGUUCCAAUGGCUAAGUUUUAAUAAUGUUAAGUGUGUAUAUUGGCUAAUGUUGGAUUUGUUUCUGUACAGCAUGAUGGAAGAUGUUUUAAAAUUUUGCACUUUUUUCUAGUAUUUGCAAAUUUGUAAUCUAAAUUUUUAAAAUGCACACUUAUUUUGUACAUAAUGAUUAUUAAAUUAGCUUUGUAUAUAACAGCUGGGGCUGGAGCAAAUAAAUAAUAAUCAGAUGUGUGA